AUGGCGGAGGCGGCUUUGGACGCCGUGCGGAGGGAGUUACGAGAAUUCCCGGCCGCCGCAAGGGAGCUCAGCGUGCCUCCUGCCGUGCCCUACCUGGACGAGCCCCCCACUCCGCUCCACUUCUACCGCGACUGGGUCUGCCCCAACAGGCCCUGCAUCAUCCGUAAUGCCCUGCAGCACUGGCCAGCUCUGCGGAAGUGGUCCUUCCCCUAUCUCAGAGCCACAGUGGGCUCCACAGAGGUGAGCGUGGCUGUGACCCCCGAUGGCUAUGCUGAUGCCGUCCGAGGGGACCGCUUCGUGAUGCCAGCCGAGCGCCGCCUGCCCCUGAACCACGUGUUGGAUGUGCUAGAGGGCCAUGCCCGACACCCGGGGGUCCUCUACGUGCAGAAGCAGUGCUCCAACCUGCCCACCGAGCUGCCCCAGCUGCUGCCUGAUCUGGAGUCCCAUGUUCCCUGGGCCUCCGAGGCACUGGGAAAGAUGCCUGAUGCUGUGAACUUCUGGCUGGGGGAGGCGGCUGCAGUGACAUCUUUACAUAAGGACCACUACGAGAACCUCUACUGUGUGGUCUCAGGGGAGAAACGCUUCCUGCUACACCCACCCAGCGACCGGCCCUUCAUCCCUUAUGGUAUGGGACUCCAUCAGCAGGGGCUGAAGAGCAGGGGGCCAAGGUAG